CACGUUUGGUUGAUGAGCAAAAAGUUGAUGUCAACCUAAAAGAAGCCCGAGAAACUCCUCCCGUCUCGAAAUUAUGAGUGGUAGGUAAACUUUUUUCUUCAAAAGUAGCUACAGUAGUUUGUAAAAGUGUAUGAAACUAGCUAAUAGUAGGUUAUGGAGCAGAUGAAGCUAGGCAAAUAUGAAAUUAUAAGGUCUCAAACUCUUCAGCUAUUUAGCCCUAAAGUUGAUUCCCAUUUAGUCAAUCUUAGCUAACGUUAACGAGCUAAUGGUUAGCCAACCACUUAGGAUGCAUUUUCGAAUGAGGUAGCUAGCUGGCUAAAUUAGCUAACAACUAGAUACGGUUGGCAAACAUGAAUUUGUUAGUCCAAUGUUCAACUCCUCGAAUAUAUCUCACAUGUCAUGAGCUAGUCAGUCAGCUAACGUUAGUUAGCUCUUGUGGUUGUGUAAUUACUAAGACUCACUAAUCGUUCCUAUGCUAUGAGCUAGCUAUUUAGCUACUUUCUUUAGCCAGUUAGCAGCUGUUUACGGUUGUUUGUAAAACGUACAUAACUAGUUAGCUAGUUCGUGGUAUUAGCAGUGUUUUUAUUUAAUGAAAGUAUCAUAGUCGUGUCAGCUGUAUUAGCUAACUAGCUUGUUUAUCUGGCAACUAAUAUUAGGUAGUUAGCUAAUGUUAGCAGCUAAUCCAUUUGCAACGUUACAUUUACAGACCAACAGGAUGAAAUGGCCGCGAUGGUGGAGAGCGGUGGAGGCUUCCUUCAAAAGCGAAACACAAAUACCGGACAAGUAUGUUUGCCAGUCGAAUACACAUUCCCAGAUAACGUGCAUUCAAUGUAUUCCUCUGAUGUUGGCUAGAGACGUUACCCCUACCCCCCCUGACAUCUAACGUUAACUAGCUAGAAAAGUAGCAAGCAUGAGACAUUUUUAGCUAGCUAGCUAUGGAUAAUGCGUAGCUUAACGGUGGUGGGAAUGGAUUUUGAUCAGUGUUGUUGAUUUCUCUCAAGCACAUGUCACUGGGGUGGGGAUAUAGGCAGUCAUAGAGGUGGAUGAUCCCACACGGGGAGUUCCUGCCAGCCCCAUACUGCAACUCGCACAUCCCAUUUAGGCUGGCUUCGGAGGGGGGUGGCUUCGGCUGAGUGAGCUAGUUUAUAGGGCAAGAUAAAGGUGUGGGUGGGUUGGGGGAGGGGAAGCUUAGCCCGCCGCUGCUCUUGAAAAAAUGUGAUCCCACCCAUUUGCCACUGGCGCUCCUACAUUUCCUCUCCCUUUGCUCUCUCACUCUUGCUGGAAUAGCAGUGUGGUACUGUGUCACACUCACCGUACGUGUGAUGUUAAAACCAUGGCAAAUGUGACAAGAAUUGUACAUUAUUAUGUUAAUGGUUGUUUGCCUUUCACUGUGGUUUAAUUUGUUUUAAUUGAACCCUUUCGGCCUAGUUUUGGUUUCUCUUACGAUCACUUUGAAAAGCAGAUCACAGGGUCACAUCAAACAGAACCCCAUUGGUAACAUUUUGUUAGCUAUUGUGAUGCUGUAUUAUUAUUUACAUCCCCAUUAGCUGUUGCACAUGCAGGAGCUACUCUUCCUGUGAACAAUUUGUUGAGUUUGUAUACUGUACUAGUAGUUUCACAACACAAAUCAAACAUAUUUUUAUUUAUUGCAGGACUCCCAGCAGCCCUCUCCUCUAGCUCUGUUGGCAGCGACCUGUAGUAGAAUCGACACCCCGGGUGAGAGUGACUCCGGCUCCGAACAACAACAGUUAGACAUAAGCCAAGCCCAUCUGACCCAGACAGCCAACGGGAGCUGGCAGAUCAUCCCGGUCAGUCUCGGUAGCACCAGUGGUUCCAACACCCUCACCACCGACUCCACUGGCAUGGUCAUGACCGCGGGCGACGCAGGGAAGAACAGGGGGCAGCAGGUGUUGACGUCAGUCUCCAGUGGACACCAGGGACAGCAGCAGUAUGUACUGUCCUCAGCUCCUUCUCUACAGGGCCAGCAGGUCCUCACCAUGUCUGGGGGCCAGGUUGUGUCCAUGCCCAACAUCCAGUACCAGGUGAUCCCUCAGUUCCAGACGGUGGAUGGCCAGCAGCUACAGUUCGCCCAGGCAGGGGUGCAGCAGGACCCUAAUGCAGCUGGGGCCGGACAGUUCCAGCUAGUCUCCUCGCCUAACGGUGGUCAGCAGCUGGUUAGAGCAGGGAGUGGAGGGAAUAUCCUAACCAUGCCCGCCGGGCUCCUACAGCAAGCCAUCCCCCUACAGAACCUAGGUCUGGGUAACAGCGUCCUGCAGAACAACCAGGGCCAGUUCCAGUUGGCUAACAUGCCUGGGCUCCUAAACGGCAAUAUCACCCUCCUCCCGGUCAGUGCAUCUAGUGGCUCUGGAGGAGAAGGGAGCGGAGGGGACGGAGGCUCUAACCAGCAGCUGAUGCAGCAGGUAGUGUCAACCUCCGGCGCUUACUACACCAACUCAACCACCACCACCACCACUCAGACAGGCACCUCGUAUGGAGGCAUGACACAGCAGACUCAGAGCACCAACGGCUUCCAGAACUCUGUUGGCGGGAUCCCCAUCCAGCCAGACAACAGAGAUCAACAGCAGCCGCAGCAGAUCCUCAUUCAACCCCAGCAGCUCAUCCAGGGAGGGACCUCCCUGCAGACAAUCUCGGCCGGGGGACAGGUGUUCGCGGCCCCAACACUCACCCAGGAUGCCCUGCAGAACCUGCAGAUUCAGACCAUCCCCAACACCUCUCCCAUCCUGCUGAGGACCAUCGGGCCCAACGGACAGGUGAGCUAGGAGUUCUACUCAAGCUUUUCAGAAUGUAUUGAUUGGUGCUAACGCCCUAGUUACAGGAUCUGACGCCCUAGUUACAGGCUCUGACUAGGUUAUUAUAAGGUGAUUAUCAGGUCUCGGAUAUAACAUUUACAUUAAUGUCAUUUAGCAGACGCUCUUAUCCAGAGCGACUUACAGUUAGUGCAUACAUUAUUUUAUUUAUUUUUUAUUUUCAUACUGGCCCCCCGUGGGAAUCGAACCCACAACCCUGGCGUUGCAAACGCCAUGCUCUACCAACUGAGCUACCUCCCUGCCGGCCAUUCCCUCCCCUACCCUGGACGACGCUGGGCCAAUUGUGCGCCGCCCCAUUGGUCUCCCGGUUGCGGCCGGCAACAGCAACCGGUUGCGGCCGGCUACAGCUAGCGCUGCGAUGCAGUGCCUUAGACCACUGCGCCACUCGGGAGGUUAACCCCUGGCCCUAUUGCUUACAUUUUACAUUUGUCACUUAGCACAUUGGUUCUCAACCUUUUUUUAGUUACUGUACCACCUACUGAAUUUUGCUCUGCCUGGAGCCUAUGGUCUCAUGAGUCAUCUCAAGUACACCCUGUGGAUAGGCCAAGUACCCCCAGGGGUCAUAGUACCCCUGGUUGGGAACCACUGAUUUAGCAGACACUCCUGUCUUUCUCCUAUGGUCCAACAAUGACCUCUGUGCAGAUGAUGUAUGAUGUUUUAAUUUCUGAAUAAUGGUGAUGAAAGAAACCACUGAUGCCAGAGAGAAAAUAAAAGGUUAAAAUAGAAUGUUUUAUGUAAACUCAUCUGUCCAACAAUGGAAAAUAUAACUUAAAUGUGUUUUUUUUUUCGAUUCCCAAAUUUCCCAAUCGAUCAAUACGGACUUCCUCAAUCUGCCAAUCAACGAAUCAAUUCCUCUACCUCGUCCCUCCAGGUGAGCUGGCAGACCCUCCAGCUGCAGAGCCCAGCGGGGACCCAGAUCACCCUGGCCCCCAUGCAGGGUCUCACUCAGCUGGGCCAGGCCCAGGGAGGCACCAUGCAGCUCCCCGGGCUGCACACCAUCAACCUCAACUCACUGCAGAACUCAGGCUUACAGAUGCACCAGCUACAAGGGGUCCCCAUCACCAUCUCUAACACAGUUGGUACGUGUUCUGCUGAGGACUGCCUUAACACUUAUCCUAUUGAAUUUGUAUUUUACUACUUACUACAACCCAUAGAAACGCAUUGAAUAACACAUUUCAUAAAUGGCAAAAAAGACAGUAAAAAAUAAACCAUAAGGUUUUGAAGUGUCUGUCCUAUAUCUAGGAGAUGUAAGAAAGUUCAGGAAAUAUUAUUAUUUAACCCCUUAUUUUUUGGGGGGCACAAAAGUACUUCCAUACUUCUGUUGGUUUGUAUGUGUUGCCUUCAGACGAGUCCCGUGACACUUGUGGGGGUUGUAGAGCAAAACGGAGAACACCAUCGUGUUUGUGAGAGUCUCUUUCUAUAGAGUGGUCAUAAUAGUUUUCUAAGCCAAACCAUUCAGACGCUACAAACGUUUUCGCGAGAACCCGAUUUUCGGGAUGUCUCCUGGUCUGACAAACACCGCUGUAGCUCGGCCACCUUCCACCGCAGAUCCGGAAGGCCGACAUCGGCGGAUACGGUGGAUUGAGACGCAGCCCACAUCUUAAACUGACCGAUGUUGAUGGAGAUUUUUUAAAAUGUUACUUAGCUUGACGCACGGGUGCGUCAAUAGACUAUUAAGGAUUAAUUCAAAUCGAUACAUUUUCUUGCUUGCCUUGGUCACAGUUGUAGACCUACCCAUAUCUGCACUUUAAUUGUUGUAACCAGAAAGGUUUUCAUUCAGUUGGUUGGUUUGAAUUAUUUGAUGUUGACAAACAAGCAUGUAUGUAGCUUGAUGCCUGGAAUGCAAAGUAGUGUUGUUUUAAAGUAAGCUAACUGGUUUUCCUAGUUCACGCUACAUAUCUGCAUGGUGUGAGCCAGCAUCUACAUGGUGUGAGCCAGCAUCUACAUGGUGUGAGCCAGCAUCUACAUGGUGUGUGUUCAGAGUAACAGACAGUUGGUGUGCAUUGACUAAGAAUUUCCUUUGUGGGUCAGUGACAAUCAGCUAGUAAGCGGUUUGUCUGGUCUGACAGUCAGCUAGUAAAGGGUUUGUCUGGUCUGACAGUCAGCUAGUAAAGGGUUUGUCUGGUCUGACAGUCAGCUAGUAAAGGGUUUGUCUGGUCUGACAGUCAGCUAGUAAAGGGUUUGUCUGGUCUGACAGUCAGCUAGUAAAGGGUUUGUCUGGUCUGACAGUCAGCUAGUAAGGGGCUUGGUUUGUCUGGUCUGACAGUCAGCUAGUAAGGGGCUUGGUUUGUCUGGUCUGACAGUCAGCUAGUAAGGGGUUUGUCUGGUCUGACAGUCAGCUAGUAAGGGGUUUGUCUGGUCUGACAGUCAGCUAGUAAAGGGUUUGGUUUGUCUGGUCUGACCCUCCAUAGGAGCAGCGGAGGGGUGUAACUUCACCCCACCCACCCUGUAAGUGUCUUAUCAAGGCCCCCACAGACAGACACACACCACACAUGUUAGGUGGGUGUGGCCAAGUUUGCCCUCUUCCUACCAGCAUUUAUAUUUUAUAUUUUGGCUAUAGUCUUUCUCUGUCCUGAAAUUAGACAUGAAAUUCAACAUAUAUUUCCCAAUAUGUCUCAACCCGACAUUACUGGUUGGACUUCUAAUUACAUACGGGUUGGCAAUAAGUAGGGUGUUUUUCAACUGGUUUAGCCUGCACAGUACAGUAACAGAAUAAUAAUCACAUGCUAUUGGGUCUGUUGACUGUCAUGAGGUUCUCUUUAUGCUAAGCAUUUCCCUUUAUGCUAAGCAUUUCCCUUUAUGCUAAGCAUUUUUUAUUUUUUAUUUUAUUUAUUUCACCUUUAUUUAACCAGGUAAACCAGUUGAGAACAAGUUCUCAUUUACAACUGCGACCUGGCCAAGAUAAAGCAAAGCAGUGCGAUAAAAACAACAACACAGAGUUACAUAUGGGGUAAAACAAAACAAAAAUCAAAAAAAUACAACAGAAAUACAAUUAAUAUACAGUGUGCAAAUUUAGCAAGUUAUGGAGGUAAGGCAAUAAAAUAGGCUAUAGUGCAAAAUAAUUACAAUUUAGUAUUAACACUGGAAUGAUGUGCAAGAGAUGAUGUGCAAAUAGAGAUACUGGGGUACAGAUGAGCAAAAUAAAUAACAAUAUAGGGAUGAGGUAGUUGGGCGGGCUAAUUUCAGAUGGGCUGUGUACAGGUGCAGUGAUCGGUAAGGUGCUCUGACAACUGAUGCUUAAAGUUAGUGAGGGAGAUAAGUGUCUCCAGCUUCAGAGAUUUUUGCAGCAUUUCCCUUUAUGCUUAGCAUUUCCCUUUAUGCUAAGCAUUUCCCUUUAUGCUAAGCAUUUCCCUUUAUGCUAAGCAUUUCUCUUUAUGCUAAGCAUUUCUCCUCAUGCUAAGCGUUUCUCCUCAUGCUAAGCGUUUCUCCUCAUGCUAAGCAUUUCUCCUCAUGCUAAGCAUUUCUCCUCAUGCUAAGCAUUUCUCCUCAUGCUAAGCAUUUCUCCUCAUGCUAAGCGUUUCUCUGCACCCGCUAGAACAUCUGCUAAACUGUGUACGUGACCAAUAAACGUAUAUUUUACUUGAAGGUGAUUCCUAUCUGUAAUGUCCAGUGGUUGUAGAUACACACCUAAACCAAUUGAUUUGUCAGUCCAGUAAGCUUUUACAAACGGGAAGGCCAAUUAUGUUUUUAUAAACACCGAAUGUACUGUAUGUCUGUCUGUAAAGGCUGACCUUCCUGUUUUAUUCCCCUGCAGGAGACCAGGGUUUGCAUACAGGGGGGGACAGUCUGGAUGACGGCACAGCCAUGGACGAGGGAGACACGUCCCCUCAGCCUCAGAACCGCCGGACACGCCGGGAAGCCUGCACUUGUCCCUUCUGUAAGGACGGCGAGGCACGGUACGUAACAUCGGAGUCUGUCAACACUAUUGCAUUAUCGGGAAACGUCAAGAGCUGGGGUCAAAUGUUCGUUUUAUUACCUGGAAGCCUUUCUGUUGAUUUUAUGAUGAUGGAACCAGGUUAUAUGGUUAAAACCAAGUCUCAACAAGAACCACUGGCCCUAUUGCUUAAGACUUACUUUCUCCUGUGGUCCAACAAUGACCUCUGUGCAGAUUAUAUUUACAUUUUGGAAUAAAUCCUGAUGAAUAAAAACUCGAAUAAAAGCUAAUCAGAGACCGGUUGGGAAGUAUAUUUGAGCGACAUGAUGUAUCCCGAGACUGGGACAAUGUUUCUGAAACUGAACAAAAGGUUGGUGGCACACGUCAAAUAGCCCAACAGCAAAUGACCGUCAAUUCCCCCUUUCCUUUCCUUUACUGUUCAGAGAUCCCAAUAAGAAGAAGCAGCAUAUCUGUCACAUGCAAGGUUGUGGGAAGGUGUACGGUAAGACAUCUCACCUGAGAGCCCACCUCCGCUGGCACACUGGAGAACGACCCUUCGUCUGCAGCUGGUCCUUCUGUGGGAAAAAGUUCACUCGCUCAGACGAACUGCAGCGCCACAAGAGGACACACACAGGUGAGACGGCCAAUCCGAUAAAAUACAUCUUUAUUGAUCCGUUAUACAGAGACAAUAGACGUGUUGGUUGUUUAGCAACAAAACCGAGGCGUGCGCAACUAUGGGGGGAAAACAGACGGGGUUGGUUUGGAUUGUUGACAACAUGUAAACUACAUUUCAUCUCCAAUGUUUAUUGAAAACAUAAAUUAAGUUGCACAAUGAGCACUUUUCUCUCUACUACAUCAUUACAGUUGUUAGCUAGCGAGCUAAUUUUAGCCAUAUUAGCUGUGACAACCAUCAGAACAUCUCAAAACAAGGCAUGGUAUUCAAGAACAAGAUGAAACUAGCUGAAACCAGUCACUUACGAUUCCCCACAUGGCAGCUUCUUGUCAUUGUUGGUAGCUAUCUGAACGUCCAGAAUCACAACACAAGGCCUUCGUGACGUUGUCAGCUAACCCGUCUAUCGAAGUUGUCAAUUUAGCUCUCACCGUACCCAGCCUCAUCACACAACAGAGCUGGAGAUAGUGUUGUGACUGUCACCGUACCCAGCAUCAUCACACAACAGAGCUGGAGAUAGUGUUGUGACUGUCACCGUACCCAGCAUCAUCACACAACAGAGCUGGAGAUAGUGUUGUGACUGUCACCGUACCCAGCCUCAUCACACAGCAGAGCUGGAGAUAGUGUUGUGACUGUCACCGUACAGAGCCUCACCACACAAGGCUAGUUUGGAUUUCUCCCUGACCAAUAUGGCUGCCAUUUUCACCCCGUUCUGAAACUUUGAGAGUUUGACAUAGCCCCUCUGUUAAUUUAAAGCUGCAAUAUGUAACUUUUGGGGCGACCUGACCAAUUUCGCAUAGAAUUGUGAGUUAUCGAUCUGUCAUUCUCAUUGAAAGCAAGUCUAAGAAGCGGUAGAUCUGUUCUAUGUGCUCUAUUUCUAUGCUUCCUGUUAAGUUUAGUUUUUGUUUCUUUUACUUUCAGUUUUGUACACCAGCUUCAAACAGCUGAAAAGACAAUAUUUUUGGUUAUGGAAAAUAUAUUUCAUAGCGGUUUAGAUGGUACAAUGAUUCUCUACACUAUACUUUCUUGUUUUGUCACAUAAACUGAAAUUAGGUGAGCUAUUAGAAUUUUAGCAACCAGGAAAUAAUGGAGUGAUAUCUGCAUAGUGCAUCUCCAUGGUUGUGACUGUCACUGCUGACUAGGACAAUGAGUUUUCCCUGACCUUAUGAUGACUGGACCAGGAACAACUCUGGGCUCUAGCUACAGGCUCUGACUAUAUUAAAUGGUGAUAACCAGGUCUCAGGAAUAACCUUUGACCCUAUAGCUUAUGGUUUACAUUUCAGUCAUUUAGCAGACACUCCCGUCUUUCUCCUAUGGUCCAACGUAACAAUGACCUCUGUGCAGAUGAUGUCCGUUUUAAUUUCUGAUGAAUCAUGAUGAAAUAAACCAGCGAUGCCAGAGAGAAAAGAGAAGGUCAAUAUUAUUAAAGGAGGCAUUUUCUCUGUUGUUUUGAAGGAUACACCCUCUAGGGUAGAUCUCAAUGACUUGAUCGUUGAUUAUCUCUGCAAGUGUCAGCAGGGAGUUACAAUAUGGAUCAGUACUAACCUGUAACAUCCCGUCUAGGUGAGAAGAAGUUCCAGUGUACAGAGUGCCCAAAGCGCUUCAUGCGCAGCGACCACCUCUCCAAACACCUCAAGACCCACCUCAACAAGAAACCCACCACCGGUGGCGCUGCGGCCUCCGAUAACUCCGCCCCUCAGUCGGGUGGAUGCGGAGCCGCGGAUGGCGGGGCCGGGGUCAAUGACCAGCACGCCCUCAUCGCCAUGGAGACACUGUCGCCCGAGGGCAUCGCCCGAUUGGCCAGCAGCGGCAUCAACGUGAUGCAGGUGGCCGAUCUGCACUCCAACAGUAACGGAUAUUGAUUACUGAUUGGAUGUGGGGGUCAGGACAGUAGUGGAGGAGUGGACAUUGAUCUAUCUAAGGGCUAAUAAAAGGGCUAUGUGUUUCUAGAUGAUAUACAGUAAGACUAAAGGCUAAUGAUGGGAAUGGAGGGAAGAGCCCUGUUAGAUAAUAUCUUUGAGAGACAGGAUCCAGGGAGUCCCUGUCCCUUUUAUUUAGAUAAAGUACUAUUGGUGUCUUUCCAUGGACUUCAAGCCAAUGAAAUAGGGAAAAUGGGGUGGGUCAGGUGGAGAGGAGUCUGGAUGUUUAGUCAGCUAGAUCCGAUCGAUGAUGGAAGGGAAUUAAUGGGACUGCUACAGUGGUUAUCAUAGAUUGCCGUAACUUUAGUAACACGAUCACAAAGGCCCUUCUGGAUCUGGUGUCGGUCUGUGGGUGUGUCGGGGGGGUUUCCAGUUCACAAAGGCCCCUUCCAAUACAAUACAAAUCCAUCACUUCCAAUCUCUAUUUGUACAGAAUACAGAUACACACUACUGCUACUCAGUCCAGUGUCCUGCUUGCCUCCCUACUCCCC